GGUGAAAAUUCCUCACUGAGCGAGCCACAAGGCAAAGUGGAGAGACAGACGAGGGUAAACUUCAGAGAGAGCGAGCGAGCGAGCAAGAAAUUCGAACAGAGCGAUAAUGGGCGGAGGUAUGGAAACUCACAAGAACAGAUUUAUUGAGGAUUGGAGUACUGCUAGAGAAAAUCUUGAGCAUAACUUCCGCUGGACUCGCCGGAAUUUCGCUAUUGUGGGUCUCUUCGGCAUUGCCGUUCCACUCCUUGUUUACAAGGGCAUCGUCAGAGAAUUUCAUAUGCAAGAUGAAGAUGCAGGCAGACCGUACCGGAAGUUUUUUUGAGCACCGCACCAAGCGCCGCAAUAAUUUCUUGGAGUAAUAAAACCUUUCUUAUCUAUGUGAUCAUUGAACCCUACCCUUCCAAUUUGGAUUCUGGAACAAUAUUGCAACUUUCUUUGAAGUUGUAGAAGUGAUGCUAUGCAAGUUUACACUGUAUUUUAUGACAUUUCGUAAAUGCUGAGUAUUUUCAGUCUAAAGUCCUGCCUUUCAAACUUAUCAUGAAUAUAGACCGUUUUUGUUUUUGUUUUU